GAUAAAAGAUGAAAUUUGGGAAAGAAUAUGCAUCCCAAAUGGUCCAUGAAUGGCAAGAAGCCUAUAUGGAUUAUAAUUAUCUCAAAAGUCUUUUGAUGGAAAUCUUGAAUUUCAACAAGAAAAAUGCACCAUUACCUGAAGUUGCAGCCACUCCAAGAGGGUCCUUAAAGAGAAGGCUAUCUAUGUACAGAGCAUUUAAUGGAUUACAAAUUAGAUACAACAGUUUCAAAGGGAAAAAUAAUCAUGAAGAUGAAGUGAUAGCAGUGAAUUCAGUGCAGCAAGAGGGAUCUGAAUGUCACUAUGAAACCACCUUCCUCGUGUCUUGUGAAGAAGGCGGAGAAUGUGAGCUGAUUUUCUUUAGGACACUGGAUGAUGAAUUCAACAAGGUGUUAACUUUUUACAAGAAAAAAGUAGGGGAAGUUAAGUUUGAGGCUGAUCAGUUGAGUAAACAAAUGGAUGCACUUAUUGCUCUAAGAAUCAAAGUUGAUAAGAUUUCAACCGGAGCGCAAAGUGACCAAGUCAUCGAUCCUUUUAGCAAUGAUGAUAGUGUUUUGUCUCCAGCAUCAGUGGAUCCUAUGCAUUUUAGUAGCUCAGGUAGACCACAUAUGGAGGCAAUUCAAGAAGUUGAGAUGAACAACGAAGAAAUACUGGAAGAGGAGGCAAUUCAAGAAGUUGAGAUGACAAGUGAAGAAAUUCUGGAAGAGGAAGCAACAAUAGGGAAAAGAGAUACUACAAAGAUGAAUCCCAGCGAUUUUAAGCCUGCUCCACUAGAGGUUCUUGACUAUGUGAAAAUCAAUAUUGAACCCGAAACACCUAUCUUAACUUUAAGAUGUAUCAUGACUUCAAAACCAAACCUAUCAUUCAGCAAAGAAGAGCUCAGAAAAGUCGAAGAACAAAUGAAAAAGGCUUUUGUUGAGUUCUACCAAAAGCUGAGACUUCUAAAAAGAUACAGUUCCUUAAAUGUGUUGGCAUUUUCCAAGAUCAUGAAGAAGUAUGAUAAGAUCAGUUCAAGGAAAGCUUCUAAAUCAUACUUAGAGGUGAUUGAAAAAUCUUAUCUUCGUAGCUCGGAUGAGGUUUCUAAGCUCAUGGAAGGAGUCGAAGCCACUUUCAUAAAGCAUUUUGUCGAUGGAAAUCGAAAGAAAGGAAUGAAAUAUUUAAGACCACAAGCACAACAAGAAACACAUAGAGUAACAUUUCUCCUUGGUUUGUUCUCUGGCUGCUCAUUAGCAUUAGUAGCAGCAAUUGCUGUAUCGAUACGUGCAGGAAACCUUCUAGAGAACGAGAGUCGAGGACAGUUUAUGGAAAACAUAUUUCCACUGUACAGCCUAUUUGGAUUCGUUGUCCUGCAUAUGGUCAUGUACGGGGCAAAUAUAUACUACUGGAGGCGUUUUCGAGUCAAUUAUCCCUUCAUAUUUGGCUUCAAGCAGGGAACAGAGUUAGGUUACAGACAAGUUCUCCUCCUUGCUUCUGGUCUUUCGUUACUUGCAUUGGCUGCUGCACUCUAUCAUCUGGAUAUGGAUAUUGAUCCGAAAACACAGAGUUUCCAGACAGUGACUGAGCUGACCCCACUUGCCCUGGUGAUUGUUCUGCUUCUAAUAACUUUUUUUCCUCUGAACAUCAUAUAUCGUUCAAGUCGUUUCUUCUUUAUAAGAUGUGUCUGGCGCUGUCUGUUGGCUCCCCUUUAUAAGGUUACUCUACCAGAUUUUUUCUUGGCAGAUCAACUUACUAGCCAGGUUCAGGCAAUUAGGAGUUUACAAUUCUAUGUCUGCUACUAUGGGUGGGGCAACUUCAGAGAAAGAUCAAAUACAUGUCAAGAUGGCAGAAUUUACCCAAUCUUAUACAUAUUCAUCGCAAUUAUUCCCUUUUGGUCUCGGUUUAUUCAGUGUCUUCGUCGCUUAUUUGAAGAGAAAGAUUUGAUGCAUGGGUUUAAUAGCCUCAAAUAUUUAUCAACAAUUGUUGCUCUUGUAAUGAGGACACUAUAUGAUCAGAAGAGAGGAACCUUUUGGAGAGUAAUGGCAGCAUCAACUUCAGGAAUUACUACAGUUGCAAACACUUAUUGGGACCUUGUCGUAGAUUGGGGUUUAUUGCAAAGGAACUCCAAAAACCCCUGGUUGAGAGACAAGCUACUUGUGCCAUACAAGAUUGUCUACUUUGUUGCCAUUGUUCUUAACAUUAUUCUGAGACUAGUAUGGAUGCAGUUGGUUCUAGAUUUUGAACAACUGCCUUUUUUGCAUAGGAGAGCAUUUAUUGCAAUUGUUGCCUGUUUGGAAAUCCUUCGCCGAGGCAUGUGGAACUUUUUCAGGUUGGAAAAUGAACACUUAAAUAACGUUGGGAAAUAUCGUGCCUCCAAGUCUGUACCCCUGCCUUUCAACUACGACGAAGACAAGAGUCUGUAAAAUGAAAAUCAAAAGAA